GCGCCGAGGGUGUCGCUGAGCUGCCCGGGCGCGGCCUGGCCAGGGACCUGCCUGACUCUCCGGGUGUCUCCCUGCAGGGCAUGAAACCCAACAGCUUCUACAAGGUGAAGGUGCCAGAGCUAAAGGAAAUCAUUGAGGGCUGCAUCCGCAUGAACAAGGCGGAGAGGUACACCAUCCAGGACCUGCUGGAGCACGCCUUCUUCCAGGAGGACACGGGGGUGCACGUGGAGCUGGCCGAGGAGGACGACGGGGUCAAGUCCGGCCUCAAGCUCUGGCUGCGCAUGGACGACACCAAGAAGCUGCACGGGAAGUACAAGGACAACAACGCCAUCGAGUUCCUCUUCGAGCUGCACAAGGACGUGGCCGAGCAGGUGGCCCAGGAGAUGGUGACCCUGGGCUUCGUGUGCGAGGCGGACUACAAGCUGGUGGCCAAGGCAGUGCGGGACCGUGUGGCCACCAUCAAGCGCAAGCGGGAGAAGAUGAAGCGGGCGCAGGACGAGCUGCAGCGCCAGGAGCAGGAGAAGCAGCCGGGGCUCCUGCACCUGAUGGAGGAGCUGAAAGGGCCCCCAGGACUCAGCAGCGCGCAGCCCUCGCCGGCCACGCCUGGCUCCGGGGACUCUGCCUUCCCCCCGGAGCCCGAGGAACCCGAAGUCGAUCAGCACCAGCACUUCCUGUACCGGCACACCAGCUACUCCUCCACCACCUGUACGCAGGCAGCGCCCGGCGCCGGGGCCACGAGGGUGGUGGCUGGUGCUGGCAUGGCUGGGGCUGGCCAGCAUCUCCCUGGGGGACAUCCCUUCUCAUUGGCAUCUGCAGCUGGCCUGGAGCAUGUCAGGGCAGAGGCAGCUGCUCCUGGUCCUCUCCUGGGGAUGGGAUCCAGAACCUGCAGCUCCGCAGAGCUGCAGCUGCAGGAACUCUCCCGCUCCGUCUCGUCGUCGUCCUCGCUCAGCGGCGCCGGCCCCCUUGGCCAGUCGGAGCUGUCUCCAGUGCAGCCCUCGCUCGGCAGCUCCCCCUCCGACAGCGACCUCUUCAGCCUCGCAGACACCCCGCCGGUGGCCCAGCCUGGGGGGCUGCAGCCUCUACUCCCAGUAGCAAUGCCAGGCUCCCCCAGCACAGCCGCAUGGAGCUGGCCCUCCUUCUCGAUGGCGCCCAGCCUGGUCCCGUACCGGCUGCCCACGUCCCCGUCGUUCCCACAGACUGCUGGGCCCCAGGCUGGGGGCUCCCUGCUGCCCACCACGCCGCCCGGGGCCGGACUGAGCACGCCUGCUACGCCCCCCUGGUCUCCUGUCACCUCCCCCUUGAUCUCGCUGGCUGAGAUGUUCUCCCUGGCAAUGAUGAGCAUGGCCCACACGCUGCUGCCGACCGUCACCGUGGCUGCUGCCCCGCCGGGCGGGCCCCAGGCCCCUGCGCCGAUACCUCGCCCGCAGGCCCUGUACCUGGGGCCGGCGCACUUCACCUCGCCUGACCCCGCGGGCCUCCUGGAGCCAGCGCCGUGCUGCAAUGGGACUCAGGACCCCCACAGCACCCCCGCCUGGGAGCCAGCUCCUGCCCCUCAGAGCCUCGGAAGGGGCGGCACCAGGGGGAGCCUGCUGUCAUCAGAGAGAGCCCCUGCCGCUGGGGUGCUGGCCAGCAGCUCGGUAUCACCCAGCUCCCCGAAACCCGGCAGCCACCUGAUCGUCUCGGAAUCGCCUGCCCCUGGCCCAGCCAAGGCCCGGCUGUCCCCCAUCAAUGAAGAGACCAAGCCCCAGAUUCUGGGCCGGUUCCAGGUGACCACGUCCAAGGACCCAGCCAACAGCCAACAGCAGAGCCCGAGCGACAGUGAGCAGAGCAGCCCGGAGCUCUGGGAGGGGGCAGCCGGCGCCUCCUUGCAGCCCUCCACGUCCAGCUCCUCCUCCACGGAGGGCAGCACGAGCCACGACUCGGACUCUGUCCCUGACACCCCGGUGCAGGACCCGGAGGAGCUGCUGGCCGAGGAGGGGACGCCGGUGGCCCUGGCGGAGAGCGACCAGGAGGGGGUGGGGGCGGCCGGGGCUGAGAGCCCGCAGCAGGCAGUGGUGAGCCAGGUGUGGAUGAGCUACACCCGCAGCAUGUCCUACCUGAGCAGCGACGACACAGAGAGCGAGGACGAGGAGAUCUGGGAGGAGCUGCAGAGCCUGCGCCAGAAGCACCUCUCGGAAGUGCAGACGCUGCAGGCUGUGCAGAAGAAGGAGAUGGAGGAGCUGUAUUGCCGCAUGGGGAAGCAGCCGCCCCCCGGCAUCGUCUCCCCAGCUCCCAUGCUCUCCAGCCGCCAGCGACGCCUCUCCAAGGGGGGCUUCAACCCGUCUCGCCGCAACAGCCUGCAGCGCCUCGAGCUCUCGCAACCCCCAGGGAUCAUGCGCAGGAACUCGCUGAGUGGCAGCAGUACCGGCUCGCAGGAGCAGCGGCCGACCAGAGGGGUGACGUUCGCCGGAGAUCUCAGCCGAAUGUAACCGGCCUUCCAGCACCUAUUUUCAUGGACUACCUCAGCCACACCCCAGCUGCCUGCGGCCCCGGAGGAGUGAUGAGAGGCCCGGCUGUGAGCUGACUGGGAAGUGCUCCACCCCAUGGGAGCCUCCAUGUGUGAAGACAGCACUGGCCCUGUGGGGCAGCGGCUGCUACUUGGGAAUACAGACUCCUGCCCUUGUGUGCCCCUCCCCGCCCUGUGGAGCCAGGCACUGGACCGCACGGUGCCUACUAUGGAUGCCUGCAACGUGGCCAGCAAGGACUCCUGGCUUUGUCUCAGCAACCCCGGGGAAGCUCUACCCUGCCCUGCCUGCACGAGGCCCUUGGUGAAGCCUGUGUUGGUGGCAGCGUGAGGGUCCUGCCAGACUGGCUCACGCUCCCCUGCACAGGCUGCAGCUGGGCAGGUUUGGGGGCUGCAGAAGAGGCUGAGGAGUGGCAGGUGGCACAG